UCGCCUCGUGGCCUCCGGGGCCCGGCCAGGCCUUCCUCGCGGACCCGCGGGCGGCAUGCGGCGGCUGCUGGUGUCCGUCUGUGCCCGAGGCCUGGGGGCCAGGGUGAGCGCGCGUCCAGCCGCGGGGCUCUGCGACCCGCGGCGCGGCUAUGCCUCUGACGCCCCCCGGAACCAGCCCCUCAGUUCCGAGUUCGUGGCCCGCUCGGUAGGCGUCUGCUCCAUGAUGCGCCUGCCCGUGCAGGCCUCCCCCGAGGGGCUGGACGCUGCCUUCAUCGGGGUGCCCCUGGACAUUGGGACCUCCAACCGGCCCGGGGCGAGAUUUGGACCUCGCCGAAUCCGGGAAGAAUCAGUGUUGCUGCGGACAGUCAACCCCAGUACCGGGGCCCUCCCCUUCCAGUCCCUCAUGGUUGCAGACCUAGGCGAUGUGAACGUUAAUCUUUACAACCUUCAGGACAGCUGCCGGCUAAUUCGAGAGACCUAUCAGAAAAUUGUAGAGGCUGGCUGUAUUCCUCUGACCUUGGGUGGAGAUCACACAAUCACAUAUCCCAUAUUACAAGCAAUUGCAAAAAAGCAUGGCCCUGUGGGGCUGCUGCAUGUGGAUGCCCACACAGACACCGCUGACAAGGGCCUGGGAGAGAAGCUCUACCACGGGACGCCCUUCCGCCGGUGCGUGGAGGAGGGACUCCUGGAUUGUAAGCGGGUGGUGCAGAUCGGCAUCCGGGGCUCUUCCAUGACCUUGGAUCCUUACAGAUACAACCGGAGCCAGGGCUUCCGGGUGGUCCUGGCUGAAGACUGCUGGAUGAAGUCCCUGGUGCCUCUGAUGGGGGAAGUGAGGCAGCAGAUGGGAGGCAAACCCAUUUAUAUCAGCUUUGACAUUGACGCCUUGGAUCCUGCCUAUGCUCCAGGGACAGGGACCCCUGAAAUUGCUGGUCUCACCCCUAGUCAGGCUCUGGAGAUCAUCCGGGGAUGUCAAGGCCUCAGCGUGGUGGGCUGUGAUCUUGUGGAAGUUUCGCCUUUGUAUGAUCUUUCUGGGAACACAGCCCUCCUGGCAGCUAACCUGCUGUUUGAGAUGCUGUGUGUUCUCCCCAAAGUGACAACCGUCUGAGUCUUCUGCUUUUCAAGACAAAACAGAUUACAUUGCUGAGAAAUUCUUAAGAAUUUAUGAGUGAGCAGUCUUGAGUUUAUGCCAUUGAGACUAUGCAAAAAAGUGUCAUUGGUGGCUGUAAAAUCAGGAUAUUCAGUAGAACUCAAACCCAAAUGGCGAACAUUUCUAAGGAGUUUGGAUUAACUAAAAACAAAAAAAAGAAGCACUUCUACUGCUUUGAUUUUUUUCCCCUCUAUUAAAUGAUGAUGUGAAGAAUAAAGGGGAAGAAAUGGAGAAUUUCAUUUAUGAUUAUCUAAAAAUUGGAAAAAUGAAAUAAAAAAUACCUCCUAAACA